CCCUAAGACCGUCCAUCUUCCCUUUGAUUCCAUUUGCCACGUUAGCUUUUCUUGUUGGCAGCAGUUUCACGCUCCUCUGAAGAUCUGCUGCAGGUGAUAAGAUGUAUUCUUCUCCUGCGGCAGGGCAAGCGCCCUGGCAGUCUCAUCCAACUUCCUACGCGUCACUUAACAAUCAGAAUGCUUACAUUUCAGUUCCUGCGCGUCAGACUUUUGGAUCGCAGUCUGCUCUUCCUCCGCCGCCUACCUAUCUACCGAUGCCUUCCCACCAGUACAUGCCACCCUCUCCUGCAAACACCGCCGGACCACCGCCCCAGCCAGCCAAGAAGAAGAUGAGCUGGUCUCCGGAUGUCCGUGACUACGUCAACCGAUCAUUCGCUCAGACCAGUACCGUUCCCGGAAUCACCAAAGAACAAAUUGAGGCAAAACUGAAACAGAUUAUAACAGACGCCACGCAAAGCGGCAAGCUGGAUUCAAUAAACUGGAAAGAAAUGCCAUUACCUCAACAAAUCUUACAGGAGGAACGGACCCGUGCUCUUCUUGCUCCCAUAACCCCUCCACUUUAUGUUCCUGCUAUACCUGCUCCGGAUGCUCCCACUACCAUCUAUCAGCCUCGCACGGAUGUUCCUCGUAAACGCAAAUCUACGGAGCUCUCCACCGAUGCUGAAGCCGCUGCGCCGCCGCCACCUUGGAGAACCAAUGGACAAUCUUCCGGAUCUUUGGCAGACCGUGUUUCCUUUGUUUCUGCAGAAAAGCGACCGAAGCUCGACAUGAGCACAUCCGUAAGUAAAACAAACGCAAGUUUGGAAUCACGCAAGCGGCGGUUUGAGGCUCAGCGUGCGGGAUCAAAUUCGCCGCGGACGCAAGAUUUGUCAAGAGGAGUCUCCCCUGAACCGAAAAUGACGGGGCCUAUUGUCGGGCGCUCCCAGAAGCUGGAGAAAAACUACUUCAGAUUGACAUCUGCACCCAAUCCUGAUGAUGUGCGACCUCUGGAAGUUCUGCGAAAGACUCUCGAACUGCUUAAGAAGAAGUGGCGCAGUGAGGGCAAUUACGUCUACAUAUGUGACCAGUUCAAGUCACUGCGGCAAGAUCUGACCGUGCAACAUAUCAAGAACGACUUCACCACGAGCGUCUACGAGUAUCAUGCGCGCAUCGCGCUAGAGAAGGGUGACCUGGGUGAGUAUAACCAGUGUCAAACGCAGCUCAGAGCGUUGUACAAGCAGAAUUUGGGCGGUCACCCUGUGGAGUUCAAGGCCUAUCGCAUCCUGUACUUCAUCCACACGUGCAACCAGACUGACAUGAAUGACGUAUUAUCCGAUCUAACUCCAGCAGACAAGAAGGAACCGUCCAUCAAGCACGCUCUCCAAGUUCGGUCAGCGCUGGCUCUUGGGAAUUAUCACAAGUUUUUCAAGCUCUACCUGACCGUUCCUGACAUGGGAGCAUACUUGAUGGAUAUGUUUGUAGAACGGGAAAGACUCGCAGCGCUUGCGUGCUUGUGCAAAUCGUACAAACCAGACGUACGACUGCGCUUUAUUACUGAAGAGCUCGGUUUUGAGUCUGACGAAGAAGCUUGCCAAUUCAUUCUUGACCAUAUACCCGAGGACACAACAUUAUUAGAAGAACGUGAUGGAGAUGUUCGGGUCCUCACUGGCAAAGCCGGAUCAAUCUUCCAGAUCGCCAAAACAAGAGCUUUCGGACUAGUCGACAUCAAGGGACAGAUUUAAGACGACCUCGCGUUGUCUCUUCUACCCUUCUUCGGGCCGACCGGCACUUAUCCUGACAAUUCCGCGCAAUUUACUGGUACGCGCGUUCUUGUUAAGCUUCACGCGCUGGCCGUUUCCUGAUCUGCUUACAAUAUCCCACAUCUUUCUCUGCUUGCAAAGCGACCUUGCCUGUUAUCCUUGUCUCUGGGUGUUUGUUCUUGGCGGUGGUCGACGGUGGAAGCAAAAGCAAUUUCGGGUCUGCAGAAAUGGAAGAAAAAGAAGGAUAUCGCUCCAGUUGGCCAAUGGUGGAAUCACUUGCGAGGACGAGACUUUGGGUUUACAAUCUUGGUGUAUGUAGCGUCGGCGCGGGUGUACUCAUUGACACCGUGAGUUCUCGCUAGGCGACCUGGCCAGGUCAAGGGUCCUUCAAAGGGCAACCCCUCAGCCAUGAAAUACAAUGAUUAUCAAACUUGAC